UAUUGUAGGCUCAGCCCCUCCUCAGCUCUAACCCUCCUCUGCCCGAGGAGGGGGGGAGUCGAGGGGGUGGGGAAGAGUUCGUUGUUUGUUUACACGAUGUGAGCGGAAAAAGAGACCAAUAAAGUUUAUUCUGGAAACAAAAGGAAAAAAAACAGGGUGACAGAGAAAGGAGACGGGGGCGGGGGCGUGUGGCGGGGGCUAGAGAGGAGAGGGAGCUAGAAGGAGAAAGCGGCAGUUCCGGUGCCGCCGCUGCGGCCGCUGAGGUCUUGGGCUGCUGCUGCCGCGGCCGCUGGGGCUGGGGCCGUCGGCGAGGCAGGGCUCGGGCCCGGCCGGGCAGCUCCGGAGCGGCGGGGGAGAGGGGCCGGGAGGCGGGGGCCGUGCCGCCCGCUCUCCUCUCCCUCGGCGCCGCCGCCGCCGCCGCCGCCGCCGCCCGCGGGGCUGGGACCCGAUGCGGUUAGAGCCGCGGAGCCUGGAGGAGCCCCGAGCAUUUCUGCUUUGGGACAGCCACACAUCUAAUUCCUUAAAAUAGUUUUAUAUGUAAAACUUGUAAAGGAUCAGAACAAUGCCUCCAAGACCAUCAUCAGGUGAACUGUGGGGCAUCCACUUGAUGCCCCCAAGAAUCCUAGUUGAAUGUUUACUACCAAAUGGAAUGAUAGUGACGUUAGAAUGCCUCCGUGAGGCUACAUUAAUAACUAUAAAGCAUGAAUUAUUUAAAGAAGCAAGAAAGUACCCUCUCCAUCAACUUCUUCAAGAUGAAUCUUCUUACAUUUUCGUAAGUGUUACCCAAGAAGCAGAAAGGGAAGAAUUUUUUGAUGAAACAAGACGGCUUUGUGACCUUCGGCUUUUCCAACCCUUUUUAAAAGUAAUUGAGCCAGUAGGCAACCGAGAAGAAAAGAUCCUCAAUCGAGAAAUUGGUUUUGCUAUUGGCAUGCCAGUGUGUGAAUUUGAUAUGGUUAAAGAUCCAGAAGUACAGGACUUCCGACGAAAUAUUCUGAAUGUUUGUAAAGAAGCUGUGGAUCUUCGGGAUCUUAACUCACCUCAUAGUAGAGCAAUGUAUGUCUAUCCUCCAAAUGUAGAAUCUUCACCAGAACUGCCAAAGCACAUAUAUAAUAAAUUAGAUAAAGGGCAAAUAAUAGUGGUGAUUUGGGUAAUAGUUUCUCCAAAUAAUGACAAGCAGAAGUAUACUCUGAAAAUCAACCAUGACUGUGUGCCAGAACAAGUAAUUGCUGAAGCAAUCAGGAAAAAAACUAGAAGCAUGUUGCUAUCAUCUGAACAACUAAAACUCUGUGUUUUAGAAUAUCAGGGCAAGUAUAUUUUAAAAGUGUGUGGAUGUGAUGAAUACUUCCUUGAAAAAUAUCCUCUAAGUCAGUAUAAGUACAUAAGAAGCUGUAUAAUGCUUGGGAGGAUGCCCAAUUUGAUGCUGAUGGCUAAAGAAAGCCUUUACUCCCAACUGCCAAUGGACUGUUUCACAAUGCCUUCAUAUUCCAGACGCAUCUCCACAGCUACACCAUAUAUGAAUGGAGAAACAUCUACAAAAUCCCUUUGGGUUAUAAAUAGUGCACUCAGAAUAAAAAUCCUUUGUGCGACCUAUGUGAAUGUAAAUAUUCGAGACAUUGACAAGAUCUAUGUUCGAACAGGUAUCUACCAUGGAGGAGAACCCUUAUGCGAUAAUGUGAACACUCAAAGAGUACCUUGUUCCAAUCCCAGGUGGAAUGAAUGGCUAAAUUAUGAUAUAUACAUUCCUGAUCUUCCUCGUGCUGCUCGACUUUGCCUUUCCAUUUGUUCUGUUAAAGGCCGAAAGGGUGCUAAAGAGGAACACUGUCCAUUGGCCUGGGGAAAUAUAAACUUGUUUGAUUACACAGAUACUCUAGUAUCUGGAAAAAUGGCUCUGAAUCUUUGGCCAGUACCUCAUGGAUUAGAAGAUUUGCUGAACCCUAUUGGUGUUACUGGGUCAAAUCCAAAUAAAGAAACCCCAUGCUUAGAGUUGGAGUUUGACUGGUUCAGCAGUGUGGUAAAGUUCCCAGAUAUGUCAGUGAUUGAAGAGCAUGCCAACUGGUCGGUGUCUCGGGAAGCAGGAUUUAGCUAUUCCCAUGCAGGACUGAGUAACAGACUAGCUAGAGACAACGAAUUAAGAGAAAAUGAUAAAGAACAGCUCCGAGCAAUUUGUACCCGAGAUCCUCUAUCUGAAAUCACUGAGCAAGAGAAAGAUUUUCUGUGGAGCCACAGACACUAUUGUGUAACUAUCCCUGAAAUUCUACCCAAACUGCUUCUGUCCGUUAAAUGGAAUUCUAGAGAUGAAGUAGCGCAGAUGUACUGCUUAGUAAAAGACUGGCCUCCAAUCAAACCUGAACAGGCUAUGGAGCUUCUGGACUGUAAUUACCCAGAUCCUAUGGUUCGAGGUUUUGCUGUUCGGUGCUUGGAAAAAUACUUAACAGAUGACAAGCUUUCUCAGUACCUAAUUCAGCUAGUACAGGUCCUAAAAUAUGAACAGUAUUUGGAUAACCUGCUUGUGAGAUUUUUACUCAAGAAAGCAUUGACUAAUCAAAGGAUUGGGCACUUUUUCUUUUGGCAUUUAAAAUCUGAGAUGCACAAUAAAACUGUUAGUCAGAGGUUUGGCCUUCUUUUGGAGUCCUAUUGUCGUGCAUGCGGGAUGUAUUUGAAGCACCUAAAUAGGCAAGUUGAGGCUAUGGAAAAGCUCAUUAACUUAACUGACAUUCUCAAACAAGAGAAGAAGGAUGAAACACAAAAGGUACAGAUGAAGUUUUUAGUUGAGCAGAUGCGGCGACCAGAUUUCAUGGAUGCUCUACAAGGUUUCCUAUCUCCUCUAAAUCCUGCUCAUCAACUAGGAAAUCUCAGGCUUGAAGAGUGUCGAAUUAUGUCCUCUGCAAAAAGGCCACUGUGGUUGAAUUGGGAGAACCCAGACAUCAUGUCAGAGUUACUCUUUCAGAACAAUGAGAUCAUCUUUAAAAAUGGGGAUGAUUUACGGCAAGAUAUGCUAACACUUCAAAUAAUUCGCAUUAUGGAAAAUAUCUGGCAAAAUCAAGGUCUUGACCUUCGAAUGUUACCUUAUGGUUGUCUGUCAAUUGGUGACUGUGUGGGACUUAUUGAGGUGGUGCGAAAUUCUCACACGAUUAUGCAGAUUCAGUGCAAAGGUGGCCUGAAAGGUGCUCUGCAGUUCAACAGCCACACACUGCAUCAGUGGCUCAAAGACAAGAACAAAGGAGAAAUAUAUGAUGCAGCCAUUGACCUGUUCACACGUUCAUGUGCUGGUUAUUGUGUUGCUACUUUCAUUCUGGGCAUUGGAGAUCGUCACAAUAGUAACAUCAUGGUUAAAGAUGAUGGACAACUGUUUCAUAUAGAUUUUGGACACUUUUUGGAUCACAAGAAGAAAAAAUUUGGUUAUAAACGGGAACGUGUGCCAUUUGUUUUGACACAAGAUUUCUUAAUAGUGAUUAGUAAAGGAGCCCAAGAAUGCACAAAGACAAGAGAAUUUGAGAGGUUUCAGGAGAUGUGUUACAAGGCUUAUCUAGCUAUUCGGCAGCAUGCCAAUCUCUUCAUAAAUCUUUUCUCAAUGAUGCUUGGCUCUGGAAUGCCAGAACUACAAUCUUUUGAUGAUAUCGCAUACAUUCGAAAGACCCUAGCUUUAGAUAAAACUGAACAAGAGGCUUUGGAAUAUUUCAUGAAACAAAUGAAUGAUGCACAUCAUGGUGGCUGGACAACAAAAAUGGAUUGGAUCUUCCACACAAUUAAGCAGCAUGCUUUGAACUGAAAUGAUAACUGAGAAACCGAAAGCUCAUUAUCUGGAUUCUGUACUGCACUGUUAAUAACUGUCAACAGGCAAAGACUGAUUGCAUAGGAAUUGCACAAUCCAUGAACAGCAUUAGAAUUUACACAAGAACAGAAAUAAAAUACUAUAUAAUUUAAAUAAUGUAAACGCAAACAGGGUUUGAGAGCACUAAACUAGUUCAUUUCAAAAUUAAGCUUUAGAAUAAUGCGCAAUUUCAUGUUAUGCCUUAAGUCCAAAAAGGUAAACUUUGAAGAUUGUUUGUAUCUUUUUUUAAAAAAGAAAACAAAACAAAAAAACCCCAAAAUAUAUAGAAAUGAUGGAGAAGGAAAAAGAAUGAUGUUCUUUUUUUGUCUUGCAAAUGUUCUAUGUUUUGAAAUUGUGGACACAACAAAGUCUAUUAUUGCAUUAGGUCCAAGGAAACUGAAGUUUGGUGUUAAAUUACAUUGAGAUUAGAAAACAAUGAAGAUUUCUUAUUUUUCCAUUGCUGUUCAAUUUAUAGUUUGAAGUGGGUUUUUUGACUCCUUGUUUAAUGAAGAAAAAAUGCUUGGGGUGGAAGGGACUCUUGAGAUUUCACCAGAGACUUUUCCUUUUUAAUAAAUCAAACCUUUUGAUGCUUUGGGGUCUUAUCUGCAAAGUUUUGGAAGCAGUCACAAAUGAGACCUGUUAUAAGGUGGUGUUUUUGGGCAGUAUUUACAAGAAUCUGAUUCUUCUUUCCCAGAGGAAUUCUGGGCUCCCACAAAGUACAAUAAUCAUCAGAGAGAAAGAAUGAGCAGGACUAGUUCUUGCUCCAGAAUUGUACAGUAUUCACCGUAGGUUGAUUUUUUUUUUUCUCCUUUUGCAAUUGAAUUGAAUACAUUUUUCAUGCAUGUUUCCAGAAAAUAGAAGUGAGUAUUAAUGUUAUUAAAAAGAUUAUUUUUUUUAUUAAAGGCUAUUUAUAUUAUAGAAACUAUCAUUAAUAUAUAUUCUUUAUUUACAUGAUCUGUCCCAUAGUCAUGCAUUGUUUUGCACCCCAAAUUUUUUAUUGUUCGUAGCAGCAUGGUCAGCUUUCCUCUUGGUCUGUGGGUGAGGCUCAGGCACUAUCCCAUUUAUACCAGUGACUAGUGUAUAACUGCAUAAGGAAAACAGAUUAAAGUUCAUCCUCUUUCGUUUUAUUUCUUUCUGUUUUCAUAUGACUCCCCCAUUUUCCAUCUUCUUUUAUAGUCGAUAAUGCCUCAGUCAGGAAACUAGUUACCAAAAUUAACACAAUAUAGAGUAUCUUCCUGAUUGCUUCAACCCUUCUACCAAGGUAUGCUCAUGAAUAAUACUUUAUAGUAUGGGGGAAUAGAAACCAUGAACUUUUUACCUUUUUAGGCUAUUUAUGCAAUAUCUGGAUAAUAAAAGUAGGACCUUAAACCAUUUUAAGAUCAUGUCCCAUUUCCAAGCUAUUAGGGCUCACUGUCCAACUUUAUUAAAUUGCAUUUGAGUGCAGGAUACAUUCUUAAACACUUUGGAAAACAUUAACCCAAGGUGUAGGGGCUAAUGCUAGUCAUCACUCUAGAAUCUGAUAUUUUACUCAGUAUUUGAAAUGAAUGAUUAAUGCCCUAGGAAGUAGCUUUAGCAAAUGUCCAGGUGCCACACCAGAAAAAGUGCAAUAAUUUACUGACAGUUUUCUAGAUUAGGCAUACUAUUGGACUACAAAACUCUAUAAAAAGUGCACAUUAUAUACUCUAGACAGCAUCACUUAAACGAUAUUCAUUUAUGAAAUCAGUUACCUAUAAUAGAAGUCUUGAAUAGUAAACAAGGGACUCUAAUACAAAUACUCUUAAUAUUUGGCUAUUUUAGAGCCCUUAAAGGGCCUAAUUAUUGGAGACUUAGGUACUUCACUAAAGCAUGUAUAUAAUAUUGCCAACGAGAAAAAUAAAUUUGAAGAUUUAGGGAACUUAUUUCUGUAAACUGUCUUGGAAUAGUUAAGAAUUUAAACUCCCAUUUUAAGCAGGAAGCCAAAUAGAUUCUUUUGCAGAUGUAGAUUUCAUAACUUAUUAAAACUUCUUUAACAUUUUGUGCCUUUUAGAUAUAUUCAGUUAAUACAUACUAACAUCCCAGUCUUUUCUAUAUCAGGGAUUAAUUACAGGAAAACUUAAUGAAAUGGUACAAAUCUGAAACUCUGAUGGUGGAAACUGAAGAUUUAAGAGAGAACAGCAUUUACCCGAGUGCCAAAAAAGCUUCGAGCUUCCUUGCACAAAAUUUACAUGAUUUUUGCAUGUCUCACAUCAGUCCAGCUAGUCCUCUUCCCCUGAGACCUCUCCACGAUUAAAACACAGCCACAUAGCUUAUUUAUCCUUUACAUUUAUUUUCAACAGUUAUUACAACCAAGUUGAUUCUAUUUGAAGAGGUGUAGACAAAUUUUACAAAGAAUGUAGAUCAAGUGAUCUAGCUAAAAGCAAAGCAAAUUUUAAAAGAAUCCAAGCAGAGUUUAAGCAAACAACAUUAGAAAUAAGAAAAAGGGGUCAGGUAGUGCUCAGAAGGCAAAGAAUCAAAAAUUGAAUGCUACAUGGGGUGACUAGGCUGUCAAGUCAGUGGUAAGCCGUUUCCAGGUACUUCAGAGUCCUAUCACUUCCCAUGGAUUGGUCAGUUCCUGUGGCCAACCAUCCUUGUCAUUGAAUGUGGUGUAACUAUUGACUUUAUGGUUUCAUUUGGUCACCUGAGAAAUAGUUCCUUCAGUGACUAUUUUGGAGGAAAAAAAGAAAAACCAAGUAGGUUUAAAGAAAAUAAAACCUAAUUUUAAACACAUUCUACUAAGAUAUAAUCUGAAAAUCAUGUUUUAACUUUUUAUCAUAUUCUCAGUAUACAAAAAUCAUUUAUUUUGAAGAUUUUUAGACUGCUGUUAAUUUGAAAUCUGUUAAUCAUUGUAGAAUUUGGUUUUUAAAAAAGAUGUUUCUAAUUGGAUUUUUUAAAGAAGAAUGGAAUUUGGUCACUAUUUUAUGAUAGAACCUAAGCUUUCUGUGGUUCUUAGUGUCUUCUGUAAAACUCAGUGUCAAAGGAAUCAAUUUUGAGGUUUUCCCUUCUAAUCUGCUUUAUAUUACAAGCCCUUUAGGAAAUGGGAACCUGGUGAAUAUACAAUGAAUUGUAAAAUAUUUUAAUGUGUAAUUUUUUCAACUGUGAAACUAUGAAUAUUGGUUUUUUUUGAUGAAAACAGCUGCUGAUAAAGUAUUUUGUGUAAAGUGUAGUUCUUAUUAAUCAGGAAAAUAAUCAAUGACUUGAUUAGAAUGUAUAUACCCUCUUGGAUUUUAUUUUCAAUGGAUUGGUGAUUUUCACAUAGGUAAAACACAGUCCAUCUGUAUUCUUUUUCCAUCAAAAAUUGAGAGAUUUAGCAUUAUAAAAAAAUGAGCAGCCUAUCUCACAGCACAUAAACUUGGAUUUGUUUCUUAAUGAUUUUGUAAAUCCAUAUAACUCAUAUUCUGACCAAUAGCCCAUGCUUGCCAACUCUUUGAAAAAAUUGGAUUUCCAGCAUUAUUUUUAAGCCAGCAGGUUACCUUUUUCUGAAUGUUUUAACUUUCUUUUGUUUGUGUCUGCACAAACUGCAGACCUGGGCUGGACCCACACACUCAGAAUCCACCUUGAAAUCAAUUUUGAUGUCCAAGACAUCCCUAAAAUAUUUCAGUUUAAAGACCAUAUGUGGUGUUAAUGGAUUGUGGUGCUUCUACUAUUUAAAAACAACUUCAUACUUCAGAUGUUUUUGAGAAGAGGGGAAUGUUGAAGGAGGGAGUAGAACAGGGAGGAGUUGUUUGAAUGAAUCACAUUCUUCAUAUCCAUCCUGCUCAGAAGGGGCACUUCUAAGGGAAGCCUUAGAUGGAGCCUUCUAAGAGAAGGCCGAAAGUUGUGAGUAUAUUGUGCAUACCAUGAGGGAACUAACUGUUCAUCAGGGAUGGGAUUGUGAAGGCUGAACUAUAAAACUCAGCACUGACGGGAUCCUCAGAUAGCAAUUCUUGGUGACAGAGUAAUACAGCUGGGCUGUUUUUUUAAAAUAUAAACACAAACCAUUUUUAUUUUUUAAUUAUUACAUUAAAAUUAUAAGUGUAUUUUAUGUGCCAUGGCCUGGGAAGCCUUUUUUUCUUUUCUUUCAAAAGUUACUUUCACUUUCUGAAAAGAUUAUGGGGUUUAGCUCAAGAUAACUAUGGUCCUGAUAAAAUUGGAUUGGUAACUCUACCUCAGAAGGUUAAUAAGAAAAAAAAAUGAGUCACAAUUCAGUGCUUCAGGCUCUUAUGUUACAGAAAUUUCCAGAGCACUGUAGUUUAGACUUAUAAAAAGUCAAGAGUUGGCAUGCCUUAUUUUUAAUGGCACUGGAGACUUGAGAAAAAUUUUCAGUUAAAAUUUAAUCAUUGCUCCAGCCAUGGAAAAGGCUAUAGCGCCAGGAGGCUUAUGGUACUAGGUUCUUGAAUUCGGCAUUCGAAAUUAGUUGUGUUCUCUUUUCUUUAUUAUUAGUGAAAUUAGUGUGUGUAUAUUUGCACACAUUUCUAUUUGUGUACACACUGCUUGCUAGCCCUAGUCAAGAGGCAUCUUUUAUAAAAGGUGUAAACAUCAGGUUCUAAAGUUCAAAAGUGUUUAGAACUCAUUAGGAGUUUCCCAAGUUGGGAUGUUAGUUUUUAAAUAAGCUUAUUUCAUCCGAGUAUUCCACUUGAUUAAGGUUUCACACUUCCUUUUUAUUCAUGAAGCGCCAUUCCUUUUCCUUAGUUUUAGACAUGUUAAUAUUACAGCCAUGCUAGUUAGCAUAAAGUGACAGUUACGAGCCAUAAGGAAAUUUUCUGACUUAAUUUUUACACAACUACAUACGAGUUUUAGUAGGGGGUGGGGGGGUUGGGGGGGAAUCAGUCCAUUGUACGUUUAGUGUAGUUUAGGUAACUGAUUUUCACUACCAGCAGUAGACUCCAUUCUUCAUGUUGGUAAGUAUGGAAAGGUUUUUUUUAAUGCAUUUUGUAAGCCAGUUAAGUCUAUAAAUCUAUCUGAAACCUUAUUUAAUCUGUCACUACAAUAAUUUUGUGGUUAUGCUAAGAGCCAUGUAUAUUUUUAGGUGAUUCUUAUUUUUGUUCCUCCUUCUGAGUAAGCAAGGAGGCAGAAAACUUUCAUUGUUUUAUAUUUUCUCAAAAUAUCUUUAAUAAGACUAAACUUAAUUCUAGUAUGAAUUUCCAAAUGUAGUCAUGAUCUAUCAGUUUCAUAAGAAAAAGCCCCUUAUCAGUUUUAAUUUUUGUUCCAAAGAGUGGUUGGAGAGCUUGGACUUCAUGUGGUUUCUAGAAAUGUUUUUGGCUAUGGAACCUGUUUCAAAUACAAUUAAUAGCUUCAAUGUGACUUAGUCCUCGGGCUUAAUUGGGUUGAAUAAAAUCUAAAAGAAUAUAUCCUUUUGGAACCUAACACUUUAAUAUCUUGGGGAAUGUGGCACUACCAAAAGAAGACUAGUAACACAUAAAAUGUUGACUUUGGAAGCUUCCAGAAGAAGCCCCCACCACCCUUUUUUGGCCCCUUUUAUUGUAGCAAAUCUAUUUCUCUAUUUUGUCAUUCUAUGAAUUGAAGUCCUAUGGUAUAAUGCAUUCAUUAGGAGAAAAAUGUUUUUAAAUGUUCUUUUAAUGAUGGCCCCAAAAGUAUUUGACACAGCAAGAUGCAUGUGUUAUUGUACUGAGAAUAUAGAAUAAUACAGUGUCACUAAAUUUAAGACCGCUUCCCAGUCUUGCUGUUCCUAGCAAGAAGUUUGGCCUGUGACUGCACUUACUGUUUGUGCUCAUCAGAAACUGUCAAUGUCUGCUUUUCUUUUAACUUUGCAGUCUGUAACCUCACGCUGUUUAUUAAAAAAAGAAAAAGAAAAAAAUGACUUGUGUCCAAACAAUCCUUAGUGUACUAUGUAUUUUAAACCAAAAAAAUGUGAUAAUUAUAUUUUGCCUUUUUUUGAAUACUUAAAAGCAAAUCAGUGUUGCUAAUAAUCAGAAUUUAGCUGAACUUGAGUUCUUACCAAUAAUGACUAAGAAUAGUUGAUUGAAAACCUGAAACUAUUAUGCCUUAAAAGCCAAUUUUUCUACCCCAGUAAAGUGAUGAAUAUUGAGAGAAAUAUCUGUUGGAAUUUUAACUUCCUUUAAGCAUAAGGAAUUAUGUGUUUGUAUUACAAGCAAAUAUAUAUGUAUACACAUAAACGUAUGAAUGUGUAUGUCUAUAUGCAGACAGAAGUCAGUUCAAGACCAGAACCUGUAAGUGAGAUUAGGCUAGAAGCAAACUGGUUUUGCUUUCAGUUAUCAUAAACCUUGCAAAAGGGGAGUCUGGGCUUUUCUUGGACCAGUAAUACAUGUGGGCAUUGAUACUUUGUACUUCUAAGCAAUUAACAGCAAGUAAUAGCUUAAAUUUUGUUUCUUUGCCAAAUGGUUUGCGUGACUUUAAGUUAACAUUGUUCUAAAUUGACUUUCUUCUCCAAGCGUAAUCUCUCUCUUUCCUGAGAUGAGAUUAGGGGAUGAACCAAGUAGCCGCACUCUGUGAGUGGAAAACUGUAGUAAUUGAAACACUUUUAAGUUUCACACUUUCACUUUUUAGGUUUUAAAUCAGUGGUUUUGAAUUUGUUAGAAAAAUCCCAAGAAUUGCAUGUUGUUAGAUGCUUAUCAAACUAAGAAAUGGACUAAGAUGUGCCCUUAAGUAAUCUAUAGACUCUCAAUUUGCAAAAUGAUUUAAAAUAUGUAUGCAUACAUCUAUUUUAUUUCAGGAAAGUCUUUGGUAUACAAAAUAAUUUACUGCAACCUCUUAAACGGCAUGUUCUGGACCUUAAAUGUAUAUUAUAUUUAGCCAAGAGAAGGUGGGAAGGAAUCCUCUUCUCCAGCUCCCUACACUAGCCCCUAUAACCAGCUGUCCAAUGAAAGGUACCAAGGCU